AUGGAUCCGUUAUCUCUACCCUUUCUAUAUCCUUUCUUCUUCUUCUCUCACAUUUCUUCUCCUCUAGUGCACUCGCAAGUCUUCUUUAGACGUACUCUCGACUUUCUUCUCCAUCCGUCUUUCUUCUCUGCCCGGACUCUCUCUUUUCUUCUCUACACAUCCUCUCAAUCCUUUCUCCAACUGUUCUGUCGUCUUUCUUUGCAACGAGUCUUCUCGUUUUUCAUCGCUACCCGUCAUAUCGCUUUUUCUCCACCCGUCUGUCUUCUCUACACGUAUUCUUGCCUUCCUUCGCCACCCGCUGUCCACUUGUCUUUCUUCUCUAGACGACAUCUCGUCUUUCUUCUCCACCAGGACACUCGUAAAUCGUCUAUCCACAUAUACUCUCGUCUUUCUUCUUCACACAUCCUCUCAGCUGUCUUUUCUACACGUCCUCACGUGUUUCUUCUCUGCUCGGCCUCUGCCCGUUCUCUCGUCUUUCUUCUCCACCAGGGCACUCGUCAAUCUUCUCUCCACAUACUCUCGUCUUUCUUCUCGUGCCGUCCUUUCGUCUUUCUUCUUCACACCUCCUCUCAUCUGUCUUUUCUACAUGUCCUCACGUGUUUCUUCUCUGCCCGGCCUCUGCCCGUUCUCUCACCUUUCCUCUCGACCAGGGCACUCGUCAAUCUUCUCUCCACAUACUCUCGUCUUUCUUCUCGUGCCGUCCUCUCGUCUUUCUUCUUCACACCUCCUCUCAUCUGUCUUUUCUUCACGUCCUCACGUGUUUCUUAUCUAACCGGUCUCUGCCCGUUCUCUCACCUUUCUUCUCCACCAGGGCACUCUCGUCCUCUCCCCUUCCUUCUCCAUCCGUCCACUCGCCUUUCUUCUCAACCUGUCUCCUCCUCUACACGUCCUCUCACCUCUCUUCUCCGAUUCUUCUCGCUCUUUUCUUUUCUACCCGUCCUUUCGUCUUUCUUCCCCAUCCGUCUUUCAUCUCUGUCCGUAUUUUCGCCUUUCUUCUCUACCCUUCCUCUUCUCUACACGCCCUCUCAUCUCUCUCCUCCAACUGGUCUCUCGUUUUUCUCCACCCAUCAGUCUUCUCUAAUUAUAUUCUCGCCUUCCAUUUCCAUCUGUUCUCUCGUCUUCCUUCUCUACUCGUCCUGUCGUCUUUUUUCUCAACCCGUCUUUUUGUUUUUCUUUUCUAACCGUCAUAUCUUUUUUUCUUCCCCCAUCCGGCUGUCUUCCCUACCCUUAUUCUCUUCUUCUUCAUCCGUCCACACGUCUUUCUUUUCUACCCUUCCACUCGUCUUUCUUAUAACGUUCAAUUUUUCAUUUGAAUCAAUGAACACGUAUGACAUUCCAUCUUACAUUUUCUAUCAUCCACUGAAAUUCUUCAUGAAUUUGAUGUCGACGGCGAAAUCAGAGGCAAACCUCCAAACGAUGGCAACUUUGAAAUGA